UCAUCUUUCCUCAUCUGCUCCUUUUAAGCCGGCAUUUUUGAGAGGGAGGUCCCUGCGAAGCAUAUACAAACACUCAGUCAAGCAUUCUCACUCAACCCCACUAGUAGCUGCAGUAGUAGCCAGCAGAGAACUGACCUAUUCCUUCACACAGAACAGGAAGUUGAAGUGACCUGACAUCAAAGAUGGCAACAAAGGGAGUCGGCAUGGCUAACAAAGGUCCAAGCUUCGGCCUGAGCCGGCAUGUUCAGGAUAAGAUCGACAGCAAGUACGACGCCGAGCUGGAGCAGAUCCUGGUGGAGUGGAUCAGCCGUCAGUGUGGUUCCGGUGUGGGAAAGCCAGAGGAAGGCAAAAUCGGCUUCCAGGCCUGGCUGAAAGACGGAUGUGUUCUGAGCGAACUGAUCAACAGUCUGUUCUCCGGAGACAAACCCGUGAAGAAGAUCCAGAGCUCACCCGCAGCCUUCAAACAGAUGGAGCAGAUCUCCCAGUUCCUCAACGCUUCCGAGAAGUAUGGAGUCACCAAGACCGACAUGUUCCAGACCGUGGACCUUUGGGAAGGUAAGGACCUGGCGGCGGUGCAGAGGACCCUGUCAGCUCUGGGCAGCUUGGCCCUCACUAAGGAUGAAGGCACAUACAAGGGAGACCCUAGCUGGUUCUUCAAGAAAGCCCAGGAGAACAAGCGAGACUUCAGCGAUGACCAGAUGAAGGCGGGCAAAAGUGUGAUUGGUCUACAGAUGGGGUCCAACAAGGGCGCCAGUCAGGAGGGCAUGAGCUAUGGAAGAUCCCGACAGAUCCUGUAAAAUCACUGAGCCACAGAUACCCAAAACCUCUUCAGCCCCUUACAGCCUGUAAGCGUCUAACGUCAUCGUAAAACCUUUUCUGCUUUAUUUCUAACAAGUACCCCCUACUUCCUGGUCUUGACACUUGCGCUGAGCCCCUUAUGUGUGCGCUUGCACUGGUGAUGAUCACAGAGCUCACCAUGCUUCGUCCUUCCCACUGCUGUUAGGACCAGAACAAAGUUGGUAGUCUUAAGUGGGAAAAAGUAACCAUAAAAGUGACCAAUGCAUUGCCUUGGAGGUAAAAACAACAAGAUGACAAUGUGCCAAAAGUUGAGCUGUUACUUCCUAAUAUGAAACAGAACGGAUAUUACAGAAAACUGACCACUGUCUCAUCUCUGAUACAUAAAACAUGUCUGAAUUAUGGCAUUUGUUUCCUAGAUUUUAGAAAUAUUGAUUCUGGAUUCCGACAUAAAUAUCAAUGUGUGUUUACAUAACGUACGCAAGGGAUAUUCUUUCCAAAUUGAGUGGUGUCACAACCCAUGGCGUACCAGUACACCCCAAUAUUGUUCCUUGUUCAUUGUUCCUACCUACCACUUCCCACAAUGCUACGCCUGCUGUAUCAGCGCCAAUAUUUUUGUACAUUGUCUUAUUAAAUAAUGACUUUGAAAUACA